GGGCUGGAUUAAAAAAAAAUCUUGUUGGAGUCUGCCAAUGACAGCUCGAGCUGAGAGUCUGCUCGUACUACAGAGUCACAGCGAGGUCUGUGCGCGCGCCGCGGACUGUUGGGGAGCUGCUGGCGCACACCGAGGGAACUGUCUUUCCCCCCAGCACCGCUCACCGGGAGGGGAAAAAAAAUCAGGAGCGCAGGAAGACGCAGAAAUCCCGAGAGGACGUCGACUGCAGAGAGACGCAGAUAACUCCUCAUUCUGGCUUUUAGACUCCUGCUCAGCGCUGCUGGUAAUUAAAGGAUUACAGUUGCCCACUUCUCCCCCCUCCUCCUCCUCUUCAAAGCCACAAACCUGAGCUGCCAAAGCGCUCUCACCUGCAAGGACACUGCUGCAGCUUGCGCUUCUCCUCACCGGAUUAUUUUAUUCCCAACAGAAUAAAAGAAAAGCCAUAAAGCAGGCCAACCGACCCCAACAUUAAAUCAGAGGAUUGUUUGUGAAGCUGCUUGGCUGGAGCCUCUUUAUGCGCCUUUUCCUCCACUUCUGAGCGCAAAGGGAGCGCUGAGAAAUCUGCUCCACUUGUCUUGGACUUGAGACCUGAGCAGGAAGAUUUUUGGACUUGGGACUUGACUCGCGCAGCCGAAAAGUGCGUGAGAAAUAUAAAAGAAAACUACAAACCCAGCCAAAAUGCCUCUUGCACAGAUCGCGGAGCCAUGGCCCACAAUGGAGCUGGUGCAGCUGGAAACAGAGAAUGGGCAGAGCACUGCUGAGGAUGGAGUCACAACUGCUGUCAAGGACGAUGGAGACAUCAAGGAGAUCAACAUCACCCAUGUGGUCAAAGAGGGCUCAGAGAAAGCCGACGCCUCUCAGUUUGAGCUGCUCAAAGUUUUGGGGCAGGGAUCAUUCGGGAAGGUGUUCCUUGUGCGGAAGGUGACCCCUCCUGAUGCCAACCAGCUCUAUGCCAUGAAGGUCCUGAAGAAGGCCACCCUCAAAGUUAGAGAUCGUGUGAGAACCAAGAUGGAGAGAGACAUCCUGGCAGACGUCAACCACCCGUUUGUUGUCAAACUGCACUACGCGUUCCAGACRGAGGGGAAGCUGUACUUGAUCUUAGAUUUUCUCCGAGGUGGAGAUCUUUUCACGAGACUCUCUAAAGAGGUGAUGUUCACAGAGGAGGAUGUGAAGUUUUAUCUAGCUGAGCUGGCUUUAGGGCUGGACCACCUUCACAGCCUGGGUAUCAUUUACAGAGACCUCAAACCUGAAAACAUUCUCCUGGACGAGGUUGGACAUAUCAAACUCACAGAUUUUGGCCUGUGUAAAGAAGCCAUCGAUCACGAGAAGAAAGCCUAUUCCUUCUGUGGUACUGUGGAGUACAUGGCCCCGGAGGUCGUGAACAGGCAGGGACACACCCACAGCGCUGACUGGUGGUCAUUUGGGGUACUGAUGUUUGAGAUGUUAACAGGAGCACUUCCAUUUCAAGGGAAGGACCGCAAAGAAACUAUGAAUCUGAUUCUGAAGGCGCGUUUAGGAAUGCCUCAGUUCCUGAGUGCAGAGGCCCAGUCUCUGCUCAGGGCCUUGUUCAAGAGGAACCCUGCCAACAGACUGGGAUCCGGUUCUGACGGWGCGGAGGAGAUAAAGCGACACGGCUUCUUCUCCACUAUAGACUGGAAUAAACUCUUUAGAAAAGAAGCAAAACCUCCGUUCAGGCCGGCUGUAGCUCGACCAGACGAUACUUUUUACUUUGACUCAGAGUUCACAUCUCGCACGCCGAAAGACUCCCCUGGCGUGCCACCCAGUGCAGGAGCUCAUCAGCUSUUCAGAGGUUUCAGCUUUGUUGCUUCGACUCUGUUGGAGGAGGAGGAAGGCGUUGCAGAGACCGUGAAGGCUCCUCCUCACCCGGUGGUCCAGCAGCUGCACGGAAAGAACCUUCUGUUCAGCGACGGGUACGUACUGAAGGAGGACAUCGGCAUGGGCUCCUUCUCUGUCUGUAAGCGAUGUAUCCACAAAGUCACCAACACUGAAUACGCUGUCAAGGUGAUCGACAAAACCAGCACAGAUCCGUCUGAGGAGAUCGAGAUUUUGCUUCGAUACGGACAACACCCCAACAUCAUCACACUGAAGGACGUGUACGAUAACGGUAAGCAGGUGUUCAUGGUGACGGAGCUGAUGCGAGGAGGAGAGCUGCUGGACCGGAUCCUCAAGCAGAAGUUCUUUUCGGAGCGAGAGGCCAGCUCUGUGCUGCACACCAUCACCAAGACGGUGGAGUACCUCCACUCACAGGGGGUGGUCCACAGAGAUCUGAAACCCAGCAACAUCCUGUACGUCGAUGAAUCGGGGAAUCCCGAGUCCAUCAGGAUCUGUGACUUUGGUUUUGCGAAGCAGCUGCGCGCCAACAACGGCCUCCUGAUGACUCCGUGUUACACCGCUAACUUUGUAGCUCCUGAGGUGUUGAAGCGUCAGGGUUAUGAUGAAGGCUGUGACAUCUGGAGUCUGGGAGUUUUACUCUACACCAUGCUGGCGGGUUUUACUCCUUUUGCUAACGGACCUGAGGACACCCCGAACGAGAUCCUGAACAGGAUAGGGAACGGUCACUUCAGUUUAGCUGGAGGCAACUGGGACACUGUGUCUGAUGCUGCCAAGGAGCUCGUGUCCAAGAUGCUGCACGUGGACCCUCAUCAGAGACUGACUGCAAGACAGGUCCUUAAACACCCCUGGAUCGUCCACAGAGACAAACUACCCAACAGCCAGCUCCCACACCAGGACCCCAAGCUGGUCAAGGGUGCGAUGGCAGCCACCUACUCCGCCCUGAAGAACUCCCAACCCACUCCGGAGCUCAAGCCCAUCGAGAGUUCCUUCCUGGCUCAGAGGCGCGUCAAGAAGCUGCCCUCCACCUCCCUGUAGAGACUUACCGCCGGCCAGUCAGCUCACUGGAGUCUGAUCCAGAGCCACUCCUCCCAGUCAGCUUGCUCGUGGGUCGAUGGGUCCAGCCUCCAAAAUGAAAAAAAGAAAACAGCCAAGGAACACUGACUCUGGUCCUGUCCUCACUUCCUGCUCUUGCCACCAUCCCCCGUGUUCGGGCUCUUCGCACCCCGCUGGAAGCCAAACUACCUGGAGCAGCAGCAGAUGUGACGGCAGAUAGAGCGAUGAUAAGUUUAAAAACAAUAAAAAAGGAGGGUUGCAGGUUUUUUGCUAAUUUCUUAGUGCCGUGUGGGUGAACGAUGUGUGUGCAUGACCUGCAACAGAGUUGUGUUUUUUUGAUGACGAUGCUGUAACUGGUUCUUUCUGCACGCCUGUCUGUCUCUGCCAGUUUCGUUGUCUGACUUCCUGUUUUGUUUUGGUUUUUUUGUAAAGUUUAUGAGCUUUAUAUUACUGGUUGUACCGCCAGCACAAAUCCAUCUGCUGUUCAGUGUUUUUCGAGGAGCAUUGUUAAAAUAAAUAUGAAACUCUUUUUUUUUUCUUUUUUUUUUUUGUGUGCCAUGAAUGCCUCUUUGGCUUUGGUUUCAACCAGAGAUUCUGAAAACUGUCAAUCGCUGAUGUUUUGGUUAACGUCGAUCUAAACUACUAUUUGCUUUUACAGAGUGAAUGUGUGUGUGCGUGCGUGCGUGUGUGUGAGAGGGAGAGUUGCAUGACUUGCAGUGCGUGUCUGUACCUGUCUUGCGGGAUGCUGCAGAGUCAUGUGCAUGCUCUGGUGAUGUGACGAUGUCACGUAGCUUCCUCGUUUUUCGCCUCUCUCACUUUUUCUCUCAGCUUCGUAAAUCUGUUUGCAAACACUUUGAAAUGUCUACUAUUUUUAUGACUGUAAAAGCAACAACAACAACAACAAAUAAAACUAGUAAAGUAGGUGGCUUUCUGUGAAAGAAAACCUGCCCAAGGAACAAUGUGGCAUGUUAAAACUUGCUUAAUGAUGCGUUUUCAUGUUUUGUUUUGUUUUGUUUUUCCACUGGAUGAUGUUUAAUGAAAGCUGUUUUCUUGUGUUGGCUGCUUUUGUUGUUUAUCUUUUUUUUUUUUGUCUUUUAAAAAAAUUGGGGAUUUAAAGUAGUGAAAGACACGCUGAGCAGAUCCUAGCCUGUGGAAUUGCUGCCAUGCAGGUCUCUUCUUUUAAACUGAACCACUGUCUGAAACCAGUUGAGCACUCAAACUCAGCUUCUCUAGCAUCACACGAACCUGCCCUCAGUGUGAAAGAUCUUUGUCUUGAAUUCCUGUUGAACUUUUUUUUUUUUUUUACAUCGACACUGACUUUGAAAUCUUCUGAGGAAGAGUGAAGGUGUCUGACUGAAUCACAUCUGAGGGCAGGUCCUGCUUUCAGCUCGAUGCCUACAACGGGCAGAGUGGGCAUAAAUAAGAAAAGUAAACGUUGAAGGAAAGACCUGUAAGGCUCAGUAUUUUAUUACCCAGCUGUCUUACCUCAAAAGGGAUCAAAGUUCUGAUUUAUUUCUUGUUUGGUGGCAAAGCUUUUCCUCCUUUUGACUAAUGGUAUUAUGGUAAGAUGUUAUUGUACGAUAAAAAUGAAGAUUUUUAUAUCUUACAAUAUUAAAAACCGAGUUGCUAUGACAGAC